AUGCGAUCAAAGAAACCUAGCCGAAAGACUACCCAAUCCCCACCAGCUAUGAGCAGAGAUAAUUCGGCUGAAGGUGCAAGCACUCAACGCAAAAACAGCGAUCCCGAAAAGCCAAGAAAGAAGCGUAGUCACAGCACUCGCAAGAAAUCUAAAAAAUCCGAUGGAACUGUAGCCUCUCUCAAACCCACUCAAGCCCUUACAGUGCGUGAAUCGGCCCUCGUUGUCGAGGCCGCACAACUAAUGUCUGCAAAGCGUGCAGACUGCGUUCUGGUUAUUGAUCACGAAGACGGUUUAUCCGGUAUAUUUACGGCCAAGGAUCUGGCAUGCAGAGUCGUCGGAGAAGGUCUUGAUGCAAAAACGACAACUGUUAGAGACAUCAUGACUCGGGAUCCGAAAUGCGUGAUGAAGGAUACUUCGGCUGCACUUGCCCUUGAUACAAUGGUUACUAGAGGGUUCAGGCAUUUGCCCAUAUGUAGUGAAGUUGGUGACGUAGUGGGCUUGUUAGACAUUACGAAAUGUCUUUAUGAAGCUUUGCAAAGAAUGGAUCGUGCCUUUUCGUCAUCCAAAAAACUGUACGACGCUCUCGAAGGUGUUGAAAAAGAAUGGUCUAGUCAACCACGACAACUAUCACAAUAUCUCGACAUUCUCCGAGAGAAAAUGUCUUGUCCCGAUCUCGCUUCUGUUCUGGAUGGUACUCCGCCAGUCGAAGUCAACACUCGUACGUCGGUCACUUCCUGUGCUCGACUAAUGAGAGAACAUAGGACGACAGCAGUGUUGGUAAUGGAGAGGGAUGAAUUGGCGGGUAUUUUUACCAGUAAAGAUAUUGUGAACCGGGUGAUCUCUGUAGGAUUAGAACCAGGUUCAACGCCGGUGGCAAGAGUCAUGACUCCCAAUCCCCACACUGCUCCAUCGAACACGAGUAUUUUGGAUGCAUUGAGAAAAAUGUACGACGGACACUAUUUGAACUUGCCGGUGGUUGAUGGGGAAAUUAUUAGGGGAAUGGUUGACGUGCUCAAACUUACGUAUGCAAUUACAGAACAGAUAUACUCGAUGGAAAACGAUCAAGAUGCUGCAACAACACCCGGUGAACCAGGCGGCCCAAUGUGGAGUCGAUUUUGGAACUCGAUGGGCAACGACGACAACGAAUCCGUCAUUUCCGAAUCCAUAACUCCUUCCCAAUCAGCUUCAAAUAUUCCUCCGCCUUCUCCACCUUCUCGAAUGCGCCGCGGCGGCCGAAUGUCACCUGUUGACGGCGACUCGAGCCCAUACGAUUACGGCUCUGUUAUCGACGAUGGCUCGAAUGCAUCUUUCCCACGUGGACUCGACGAAAACACCUAUACAUUCAAAUUCAAAUCACCAAGCGGAAAGACACAUCGAGUAACGGCCGACUAUACCAGUCUAGUUCUUGUGAGACAAGUUGUUGCGUCAAAACUUCCAAAAACGAUUAAAACAUUCACACUAUCAUACUUGGACGAUGAUAACGACCCUGUGUUAAUGUCCACAGACGAAGAUGUGAUAGAUGCAGUGAGAUGCGCACAGAGACAGGGAGUCAGCAAGGUCGUUCUGUUAGUGGUGGAGAAGAACGAUGAUGACGAUACUGAAGAAGAGCACGAGAAUUUGUUAUUGCCUGGUGCGAUUACGGCUCUGGCUAUGACGAUAGUGGGUGUGUUUGCCAUAGCAAAAUUAUCACGCUGA